CCCUAAACCGAUCAAAAAUUCUUCGUUGUUGAUAUGGGAGGAGGUGGUGAUGCGUUAGCGUUAAAAAAGCGGACGUUAGUUUGGUGGGACAUGAACUCGUGUCCGGUUCCGGACGGGGUUGAGCCUGGUCGUGUCCGUGCGUGUAUAGAAUCUGCGUUGGAGAAGGAGAUGGGUCGUCGUUCUCAAGUCACCAUCUUUGCGAUUGGCAACCUAGAAUACAUCUCUAGUGCAUGGCGCUAGAAUCUGCGUUGGAGAAGGCCAUCACGAUUCGAUCGACACUUAGCAUGGCGCUAACCUUGGAGUUCUCUACACUCAAGGUUCUCUCCGACAGUUUAACGUUCGCAAGAGCUAUCUCCGGCAACAUCCAGUCAAAAAAAAUCAUCGGAAUUGUGAAAAGCAUCCGAGCGAUCUCCUCUGGUUUUGCAACAAUUUCUUUCUAUCAUGUUUCUAAAUCGGACAACUUUGUUGCCGAUAGUUUAGCAAAAAGGCUCUCCAAACCUUUUUCUCUUUAUAACGAACAUCAUGAUUUGGGCCAUCGUUUUGGACUCAUCUCUUCUUCUUAGUUUUCUAAUGAAUUAUUCAGUGACAAAAAAAAAAAAAAAAAAACAUCUCUAGUGCCCUCUUGGAAGAGAUCUAUUCCUCUGGAAUCUUUCUUAUUCACGCCCCCUGCGGUAUUAAAAUACUCUUCUAUUUUAUAUUUAAUCUCUCUCUCUGGAAUAUAUCGAUUUUGUUUAGUCAGAGGAGGAGUCUCAUCGUAUCGUAUCGUAAUUUAAUUUAAUUUCUAGGUGGGAGCAGCUUUGGAUGUCUUCUUUGCGAGUGGUAUGAGCCGGGGGCCACCGUCAUGCUGAUAUCCUGUGAUUAUUCAAUGGUUAAUAAUCCUUUACUUUUUGGGAUUACUGGCUCCUCUGCUUUUUGUGCAUAUCCAGAAGAUUAUCGGGCACCUAUCUUUGAUUACAAUGUGUUUGCCAAAGAGUUUGUCUGGGAAACUUUAUUGAAAGACAACAUGACUACAUGUGGUGAGAUGAUGAUGAUCGUGAACAACCUCCUCCUCUCUGCAUUUGCGACAUAUGCCUGGAGACUUUCCAAAUAUGUGGCGAAUUCAUCACUCAUCUCAAAGAGUGAAGAACACAUAGAGGAGUUGUUUGGAAUUGUCCCCAGAGACCCCGACUCAGUCGCUGAGGCUAGAUAUUUUUGCCAAGUUUGCAAAUAUCCCGCCUACAACGAUUAUAACUUGUUCCUCCAUAACGAAAGUGAAGAACAUAAUCGCAAGAAUCUGGCUGAGAAAAUGGCUCAAGAUGAGGAUUGCGAGAGCAGGAAGAGAAAUCCACAAAUGGAUCUCUUUUACGAGAGAAACAAGAAGAGGUAGUAUAUUGAUAAAUAUGUAAUGUAUACAACAAACCAAAUCUAUACAUAUUUUAUGAUAUAAUUAUUUAUUACAGUCCUUUGUUCUACCCCUAAAAUAUUUGUUUGUUUUCGUUUAAUUAAUACUUUUAUCGAUUAAAAUGAAAAUCUCAAUCCUGUUGCUUUAUGCAAACCACAUUCCCUCUUUGAAAAUUAUGUGAGUGUGAGAGAGAAGCCUUUACAUUAUCUCUUUAGGAAACUGUAGGGGAAGGAAACCAAGAAACUAUUAUUGUGUCUCUCCCUGGGAGACAAGAACACUGAAAACUAAAGCAAGAAACCGCUUAUCAGUUAUAGAUAGUUUAAAUGGUGAAGUUUACUAUGAAGAAAAUCAAAUAGUGGACAACAUAGCCAAAUGAGAUUGGCCUAAUGACUGCUUCCUCAAAGACCUAAUUGAGUAUAAGAGAUACAUCAACCGUAAUUGAGCAUCUUCUUCCUCAAAGACGACUAUUGGAGUGUAGAUAUGGUACGCUGGAGCUACCUUGGCAAUGUCCACAUUGUUUGGAGUCACCUACACAGACCACAACAGUUAGAUGGGACCCAAAACUUUGGUAAACUGUAAAAAAGUCUUGGAUUUGAGAGUUUCUCUUUCAUAACUUGCUCGAGGAUAGAUACAGCGAUUGUCUCGCUUCUGCAAGGGAAGAUAAUUGUGAAAUCAAAACAAACAUGCUAAUCUCUAACUAUCAUAAUUUAUGUUUUAUUUGAUUAUUAAAAGAAAAAUAAAAAAGUAGUAAUAUCAUAAUAUUAUUAUAUAAAUAUA